GGAGAGAAGAACCAGGGCUUCGAUGUCCUGUAUCACAACAUGAAACAUGGGCAAAUCUCGGCCAAGGAGCUGGCGGACUUCGUGCGGGAGAGGGCGGCUGUGGAGGAGGCCUACGCCAAGUCCAUGGUCAAGAUGUCCAAGAUGGCCGGCAACAGCACCCAGCUGGGGACCUUUGCCCCCCUCUGGGAGGUCUUCCGCAUCUCCUCGGACAAGCUGGCGCUGUGCCACGCUGAGCUGGUGAAGAAGCUGCAGGAUCUCCUCAAGGAGAUCGGCCGCUAUGGGGAGGAGCAGCUGCGAGCCCACAGAAAGUCGAAGGACGAAGUGGCCGGGACACUGGAGGCCGUCCAGCAGCUCCAGGGGGCUGCCCAGCACCUGCCCAAAGCCAAGGAGGCCUUCCACAGCCGCUGCCAGGAGCUGGAGAGGCUCCGCAGGGAGGGGGCCAGCCAGAAGGAGGUGGACAAGGCGGAACUGAAGUCCCGAAAGGCCGUGGAGGCUCUGCGGCGCACCGUGGAGAAGUACAACGCGGCCCGUGCCGACUUUGAGCAGAAGAUGCUGGACUCGGCCGUGCGGUUCCAGGAGGUGGAGGAGUCGCACCUGCAGCACCUGAAGGCCCUGGUGGGCUCCUACAUCCACUCGGUGGAGGACACCCACGUCCAGAUCGGACAGGUGCAGGAGGAAUUCAAGCAGAACAUGGAGAACAUCGGGGUGGAGACGCUGCUGCGCAACUUUGCGGAGGGGAAGGGCACCGGCUGCACCCCGCCAGGGCCCCUGGACCUGGAGGAGCUGAGCAUGGCGUCCUCCACGCAGGAAGGCAA